CCCCGUGCCCAUCCCUUUGGAAGAAAAGAGAAAAUUCACACGGACAAACGACGGCGAGAAAAAGAGCGAGGGAAAAGCCGAGAGGGAAAAAAGCCAGAUGAAAAAGUUGGAUACUGAGGAGGGAGCCUACCAAAGACCAGAAUAUACGCUUUAAAUUAUGCCGCUUCACAAAUCAUCCCGGGCCCCUCGCCUGGACCCUACUAUGAUCUCUGCACCACUGGGUGACUUUCGCCACACCAUGCACAUUGGAAGGGGAGGUGAUGCCUUUGGGGACACCUCCUUCCUGUCCACUCUUGGCCCGAGUCCAGCCAGCCCCGACCAGGGGAGUCCAGAUAUCAUGCCAGCUGCUGAUCCUGAGGUGGCAGUCAACCACAGUGAUCUUCAUAUAGAUUCUCCAGGAAGCCCACAGAACAAUGAGCUUCAGCACUCUGAGUCACUGUCUUCAUUUACCCUAGACCUUGACCUGGAUCUGGGUCCGUCUAUGCUGGGAGAUGUAUUAGGAGUGAUGGACGGAUUGGGGCUUGACUCCAACGAGAAGGAUGUGCUCAGUCCCAAAAGUGGCACAUCCUCAGUGGAAACAAAGCAGGGAAAAGAGGCCAUGGAAAUGUCUGUGAACAUGCAGAACGAGCUGAACGGGAAGAACUUGGUUGGGUUGGAUGGAAACCAGGUGGGAGAAAGCAGAAUACCAGAUGGGAAUGGGAUCAAGCCAAAGGGGUUGAAACCAAAAGUGAGAUUCAGUGACAAACGAGAGGAGAUCAUUCGCCAGGCAUCUGAAGAGGAAGAAGGCCAAGGGUUUGACUUCCAGGAUGAGAAUCAGCUGGUGUGUCGAAGUCCAGUGAGGGGCGAGAGUGAGAGGGGUGACAGCCGAGAAGGAGAAGGUGAAUCUGAGCUCACCAAUCACAAAGUAGAUUUGCCACCUAGUCCUGCCUCAUCACAUAGCUCAGAGUAUGAAGGGGUCACCCCAUUGGACAGGAGGAGGGUCGACAGCUGCCAUUCAGAGACUGAUUCUGAAGAGGAGGAAGGGGAAGUAGGAAGAGGCUACACAUUUGAAGAUGAGUUUGAUGAUGAAAUUGGUCUAUAGGGGACAGGUAUGGUUUUCCAUUGAAAACAGAUCUUUGCUGUUGAGUAAAUCAAGGAUACUGUAUUUUCCUUAAUUCAUCUUUUCGUUAUCAUUUGAAUGGGAGGCUUAAACAUAAUAUAUCUGAAUGCAAACUGGAUUUAUCAAGACUCAGAGGCUACACAGUUAAGACGAUGUUGCUCAACUGGAAAAGACAUUUUGUGCUUUAUCUACAAGGGUAACAGAUUUGCCAAAGACUGCCAUUUCGAUCAGAAAAAGCAAAAUAUAAUUUAGGUCAUUACAGUGAAAGGUUUGUAGCACUUUGAUUUAUUUCAUUCACCUGGAAGCUUUACUAUGUUUGAUUCAGGCUAAAUGAAUGAUGCUUGCAUUGUUAAUUUUUUUAAUUAAAAAUUUGCCAUCUAAAGACCACACAACAGGCGCUGUGUUUACUGAGCUUUAUGUUAAAGUGGAGCUGUCUUUACAUUAUUGUACCCUGUGCUAUACCAAUGUCUUAUUAGUUAUUUCUCGUAUUGCAUGUUUAUUACAGUUUCCAUGUCUUCUCUUGAUAUUUAAUACAUUUGAAAAGCUUUACAAAAGGUCUCCAGAGACAUUGUCAGAAAAUAGUUAACCUGUGUAUUACGAAUUACUGUGAAUUUGUCACAUUCCUAAUCUGACACUGUUUCUCUCGUUUAGGCCUAAACAAAACUGUUCAGAAUGCAGUUGUUUUGUACGUUUUCAUACCUACCAAAGUUUCUUGGGGCUGUGGGACUGGACUGAUGCUAAAAUGCUAAGACAAUCAUGGGAUUUAAAGGUCAAACUGUAAAUCAGGACCAGUAUUUUUGUACAUGCUUUUUGCUUGUAUAAUGCUUGUUUUUAAGUGUUUUAUUUCAUAUUGCUGUAAAAGGGAGAGAUCAUUAUGCUCAUCUGUUGAAAAUGCUGGUUUAAACACUUUAACCUGUGAUUUAAUAAGGAUUACAGUGAAAACAAUAAAACUAUAAUUGAGAUUUUAAAAUAAUCACCAGCCUGGGCUGUGAUU